GUUCUUCUUCGUAUUAGCAGGGCAUAAGACAGAUCUUUAUACCCUCCCCUCCCGACACCUCUAUCUCUCUUCAGUGAAGAUCUCCGAUCAGACUACAGUAUCAAUAAAGAAAUCCAGUUAAUCAGCAACUGUAUACUGGAUCAAAAUGGCUAGUACAGCAUGCUUUAUGAUCAUUAGCAAAAAUGACAUUCCUAUCUAUGAAGCUGAAGUUGGAUCUGCUCCUAAAAAAGAAGAGGCUGCACAUCAGCACCAGUUCAUCCUUCAUGCAGCUUUGGAUGUUGUCCAGGAUCUUGCAUGGACUACAAGUGCCAUGUUUUUGAAAUCUAUUGAUAGAUUCAAUGAUUUGGUGGUGUCAGUAUACGUUACAGCUGGUCAUAUCCUUUUUAUUUUGGAAGUCCAUGAGCUUUAUAUAAAGAUACUUUUAAAUCCUCUCUACCUACCAGGAUCCCGUGUAACAUCUUCACAUUUUGAUACCAAGGCAAAAUGUCUGCAGUCUGCGGACCACAUCUGUAGACCUCUGCAGUAG